AUGGUAGGUAAAAGUGGGCGUGUGGGAUUAACGGUGUCACUUCAACUUUCUUUUUCCCUUUUAAAUAAUGAAAUGUGCAGUCCCGUUGGUGCCGUGCUGGAACUAAAAAAAAAAAAAAGUGGGCCUUGGAGGUGCGCUGACGCCAUGGCAUUGCCCGCGCCCACCGUGACACACGGGACCCGCAUUAGUAAUUUUUCUUACUUCAUGAUGGUUCUCGCUUUGAUUGCGGCGUUGCUUGUUGCAUGGCUGCGACAGGAGGAGAGGACGUUGGUUGGGCAAACCUUUCUUGUGAAGCCAAAGUUUGUGGUGGAUGGUAGCAGUUUUUAUGCCACCACGGAGGAGGGAAAGCUUGUGCUGUUGCGUCUUCGGCUUUUGGAUGCCCCGGCGCUGGAUGGGCCGUACGGUCGAGAAUCCCGCUCUUAUCUGAGUCAACUGCUGCUGAACCGUCCUGCGGCGGAUGUGCUCUGCCGUGUUACCGGGGCGGAUGCAGUUGCGGGUCUCAUUGCGGACGUCUUCGUACCGUCUGGCGGCUCGGACUCGGGGCGUUUGAUGAGUGUGCAGGAGAUGAUGGUGCGUCAAGGGUGGGCCUGGGCGAUGCAGGGCGGCUUUGCCCCCAACUACAAGCUUCGCGUUAUCAUGGCCGAGGCGCGUCAGGCCAAACGCGGCCUCUGGCAGGAUGAGAGGUACAGGGCUUUGCUCAUGCACCGUGCGGCAAGAGGGCAGAAGUUGAGUCCAUCGUUGCACGCGGAAGGACAUCGCCGGAAACAUGGCAGCCAGAAUGGACCUGCUUUCCCUCGGGUGCAGCUGUAG